AUGCAGCCGUCGCAGAUCAGAGCCGCCGGUUUCGGCACCAAGUUCGAGGGCCACCACGGCAUGCAGCCCUGGGUCAGCCUUCCCAACUACAAGGCCUACCAGAGCAAAUACGGCNNCCCAAGUGAGCCCGAACGCCCGUCUACCGCUUUCUCGCAUCGCCAUACUGAUCCGCCCGACUCCAGCUACAAGAUUGGCACCAACUUCCACGGCAUCGACCUCCACCGCGCCAGAAUCUUGUACNNCGGUACCACCGCUGCCGGCUUCGGUGCCGCCGCCGGUCUCUUCGCCCUCUUCUUCUUCGCCGACAUCCCCCGUGUGCGAAAGGACAUCAUGCAGAAGGUCCCCUUCAUUGGCAGCCACUUCAUCAAGGAGAUUGCUCCCGAGGACAAUCCCUUCUAA